AUGUAUGCUGCGAUUGGUAGUGAUGAGGAUGACUGUUACCGGUGUUUCCCGCCCGACCCGGGCAUUGGUACUGCCGCGUCAGGUACUAGUGAGGCUGCUGCUCUAGGUGCCAGUGCGUCUGUGCUCUCAGGUGCUGGUGAGUCUGCCCUCUCAGGUACUGUGUCGGCUUCGGCCUCUCACACCUUCACCCUUGACUCUGGAGCGUCUCGCUCCUUCUUUCGGGACCGCACCACUCUUACGCCGCUGAGUCGGCCGGUUGCGGUGUCCCUGGCUGACCCCUCUGGGGGGCCUGUCCUGUCUCGCUUCUCCACUGUCCUCCCGUGUCCGGCGGCCCCCUCUGGCACCCUGACUGGUCUUUACCUCCCCUCGUUCUCGACGAACUUGGUGAGUGGUGCUGACCUCCAGGAUGCGGGUGUCCACCAGUUCACCCCUGCUCGUCAGCGGGUGACCCACUGCACGGAGGCGGAUACAGGUCGCCACCUGGCUACGUUUACACGUCGGCCAGGGUCGAGCCUGUACACACUGACCACUGCUUCUCCUCCAGGUGCUGAGUCUGGUAGGGUCCCUUCGUCUGGUCAGGUGUUUUCUGCAGCGUCCAGGUCUGGUCCUGAGUCUGCCCCCUGCUCGUGCCGUCGUCUGUCUCACGAGACCCUCCUCUGGCACCACCGCCUUGGCCACCCCUCUCUGCUUCGGCUCAGAGGCAUGGCCUCGCGAGUCCUUGUGUCUGGUCUUCCCCGGUCUCUCCCUCCCCUUCCUCCGGGCCCUGGCCCCACGUGUGUCCCCUGUGUCGAGGGGCGCCAGCGUGCUGCCCCUCACUCCUCCCAGUUUCCUCCGACAGAGGCCCCGUUGCAGACGCUUCACAUGGACGUGUGGGGCCCAGCCCGCGUCCGUGGACAGGGUCAGGAGCGCUACUUCCUGCUGGUGGUUGACGACUACUCGCGUUACACCACAGUCUUCCCCUUGCGCAGCAAGGGUGAGGUCACUGAGGUGUUGAUCGACUGGAUCCGCGCAGCUCGUCUCCAGCUUCGGAGGAGCUUUGGCUCUGACUUCCCUGUUUUGCGUCUGCACUCGGACAGAGGCGGAGAGUUCUCCUCUGGCCUCCUGAGUGCCUACUGUCGUGCGCGAGGCAUCCGUCAGACCUUCACGCUUCCGGACUCACCACAGCAGAAUGGGAUUGCUGAGCGCCGCAUUGGCAUGGUCAUGGACGUCGCUCGUACGUCCAUGAUGCAUGCGGCUGCUCCCCAUUUUCUGUGGCCGUUUGCGGUCAGUUACGCUGCGCACCAGAUCAACCUCCACCCCAGGGUCUCUCGACCGGAGACCUCCCCAGCCCUGCUGUGGACGGGAAAGGUUGGCGAUGCGUCGGCGUUCCGGGUCUGGGGAUCUCGGGCGUUUGUUCGCGACCUGUCUGCGGACAAACUGUCCCCUCGUGCUUCUCCCUGCGUCUUCCUGGGGUUCCCCCCCGACGCCCCUGGGUGGCAGUUUUACCACCCCUCCUCUCGACGUGUUCUGUCCUCUCAGGACGUCACGUUCGACGAGUCGGUACCCUACUACCGCCUCUUCCCCUACCGCACUCCGUCCCUCCCCCCACCCCCGCUCUUCUUGGUACCAGGUCCCCCCCCGGUAGUCCCCCUCCCCCCUCAGGGUCCUGCCCCUUCAGGUGUGUCCCAGCUAGACGCGGUCGAGCCUGUCGAGGUCACUGGUGACUCUGGUACUGCUGCGGGAGCUGAGCCUGGGGAUGCGGAGUCUGGGGGUGCUGAGCCUGGAGGUGCCGAGUCUGGGGGUGCUGAGCCUGGGGGUGCUGAGCCUCGGGAUGCUGUGCCUGGGGGUACUGAGCCUGGGGGUGCUGAGCCUGGGGGUGCUGUGCCUGGGGGUGCUGUGUCUAGGGGUGCUGAGCCUGGAGGUGCUGUGCCUGGGGGUGCUUCGUCUCGCCUGGAGCCACUCUCCCCACAGGAGCUGCGUGAGUGGUUUGCCAGGCGCUGGAGGCGUGCUGCUGGUGCUGGUGGUUCUUCGGCUGCAGAGGGUACUGCUGCUGCGCGCCCCGCCGGUGCUCGUACUGUGGGUGCUGGAGCUGCUGAGUCUGAGAGUUCUCCUGGAGCUGGUCCUGCUGAGGGUGUUGGUGCUGAGCCUGCCGUUGGCGGUCCGACUGACAGUGCUCCUGGUGCUGCGGCUGGAGGUUCUGGAGCUUCUGGUGGUGCUGCUGGAGGUGCUGCUGGAGUGGGUGCACCUGCCGGGGCUGCUGGUGCUGUUCCUGCUGUUUCUAGCCCACAGCUACAGCCUGCCUCCCCUUUGCCUGCUCCUUCUCCCUACACUGGUCCGACUGGAGGUCUUACUGAGCGUCGUGAGCCUGCGUCUCGUCCUGUGUCGCCUGUUCGUACUGAGCGCGCUAGUGGUCGCGGGUCGCGUCAGCGUCCUCCUCCUGUCCCUGGCACGCACCGGAUGUCACUGCGUCCGUCCACUGCUCCUCUGCGUGCCCCUUUGCCUUCUCCUCCUGCUUCCUCUCUUCCUGCUCUUGCCGACCCGGAGUCGGACUCUCUUCGUGCUGCCAGUCCUACUGUCACGCGUCUCCUGGCUACUGCUGUCACUGACCCCUCCUUCGAGUCGUCUGCUGCGUCUGCCCUUGUCACUGAGCUUGUCGACUUUGCUGCGCGCUGUCGUCUAGACUACGCUGCUCGUCUUGUCACUGAGUCUGAGUCCGCCUGUCCUCCGUCCGUCGGGGGUGAGUGUGCCCUUGGCACGGACGUCCUUGAGGACAGGCAGGAGGAGUUCCAGUGUCUGGCCGCCGCUUCACCUCGUCUCGCGUCUGUACUGCUAGCCCCUGAGGGAGACCCGGAUGCACCAGACAUCCCGACUCCGCGCUCUUACGCGGAGGCGAUAGAGGGUCCCUACUCCUCUCAGUGGCAGGCAGCUAUGGAUGCAGAGAUGGCUUCCUGGAAGUCCACAGGCACCUACGUUGACGCUGUUCCCCCUCCUGGGGCGAACAUCGUCAGUGGCAUGUGGAUUUUCAGGGUGAAGCGGCCGCCGGGUUCUCCGCCUGUCUUCAAGGCGCGUUACGUGGCUCGUGGCUUCAGUCAGCGGCAGGGGGUUGACUACUUUCAGACCUUCUCCCCCACCCCGAAGAUGACCACUCUUCGGGUUCUGCUGCACGUUGCUGCUCACCGUGACUACGAGCUCCACUCUCUCGACUUCAGCACAGCUUUCUUGCAGGGCAGCCUGCACGAGGAGAUCUGGCUGCGUCGCCCACCUGGCUUCACUGGGUCUUUCCCUCCUGGUACCCAGUGGAGUCUCCGGCGUCCAGUCUACGGUCUCCGCCAGGCGCCACGUGAGUGGCACGACACACUGAGGACUACGCUCGCGGCACUUGGGUUUGCUCCUUCCACUGCCGACCCGUCGCUGUUUCUGCGCACCGACACCUCUUUGCUGCCGUUCUACAUCCUCGUGUACGUCGACGACUUGGUCUUUGCCACAGCUGACACUGCUGGACUCGCCUACGUGAAGUCCGAGCUGCAGAAGAGACACACGUGCACUGACCUGGGUGAACUGCGCAGCUACCUUGGCUUGCAGAUCACCCGGGACAGAGCACAGCGCACCAUUACCCUGACUCAGUCACACAUGGUGCAGCAGGUCCUUCAGCGCUUCGGCUUCACGUACUCCUCGCCUCAGGCCACUCCUCUGCCUACUCGCCACUCGCUCUCAGCUCUGCCUUCGGAUGAGUCCGUAGAGUCGAGUGGCCCGUUUGCAGAGCUUGUUGGCUGCCUCAUGUACCUGAUGACCUGCACACGACCUGACCUCGCAUACCCUCUUAGCAUUCUCGCACGCUUGGUUGCUCCUGGGAGACACCGACCAGAGCACAUGGCUGCAGCGAAGAGGGUGUUGCGCUACUUGUGCAGCUACGCAGCGGUCGUCACAGGGUUACACCUUCAGCCUUGGUUCCGGCUCUGUCUCGUGGCGGGCUACCCGCUCGUCUUCUGUUCUCGGCUCCAGUUGUGA